UAUUAAAUAUUGACUAUUGACAUUAUUAUUCUAGAUUCAAGUCCUAAAACACUGAAUCUGUCUAGAUGUUGAGCAGACUAAUGGAUCAAAAAUAAAUAAAAUCAAACAAGAUCUAAUCUACUAGUAAUCUAGAUUUAGAUCUAGAUCUAGAUCUAGAUCUCUGCUACACAGAUCUAAAAUAAUCUAAAUGACAAAUCACGUAAAAUGUUCAUCAUUCAUGAGUAAAACUGGUAAUAAAAAUCUCACCAUACUGAAUGAGUGUUUGUAUGGAACAACUAAGGCUUUACUUUCUCAAUAAAGAAAAAUGCUUGUGUUUGCAGGGGAGCUAACAGUCCAUGUACCAUCUUUUAUUCAUGGAACAAAAGUGUACAGCAAUGUUUGGUGUGUACUGUACCCUACAGAAAACAAGCAGAGUCCACGCAUAGAAUUGUAUGAAAACAAAGCAAAAGUUAGAUCCUCUGGAUGUAAGAAAAUCAUUCAUAUAGAGGAAGCUAAGUGGAAAACCACAAAUCCAGCUGAAAUAACGUUUAGCUUUGAAGUGAAGAACAACAAAACCUAUGUCUUCCAAACAUCCAGUGCAGAAAGUUUGAAGCUUUGGCUUGUUCACCUAUGCUGUGUCAGCAAAGAACUCUUUGAUACCAAGAAUAAUGUGGGAUUUGAUGACCAAGGCAAGCUAGACACUAGUGCAUUGACUGGUGAUGUGUAUGCUACUGUUAGCACUACUAGUACAGGGGCUGCCAGCAAGCCUACCUUCCAUGUGGUUGCUAGUAAAAGAAGUGACUGCCCACGAAUCGGACUUGAAGGCAUUUAUAAACUGGUUAUAUUUAAUCAAGAAAUAAACAUACAGAAUUUUGACACUGGGAGAAAAAUUGUAGCUUGGAAACUUCCUGAGAUAAAAAAAUAUGGAUGCUUUGAAGGUUGUUUUUUUGUAUCUGCUGGUUCUAAGUCUGGCACAGGAGAAGGUAAAUUCACUUUUUAUACGGUGGUAGGUCAGCAAAUUGUUGAUAUAUUAGCCAAAAGUCAAUCAACUGAAGAUAAUACAUACGCACCUGUCCAGAGAUCCAACACAAAAGCUCAGCACAGAGAUGUGAAGCAUGAGGAGAAUUAUAUUCCAGUAAAAACAACAGCUCCUCCGUUACCUCCUCAAAUAUGGGGACAGAGCAAGACUGAGUCUGCUGAAAAUGUUUAUGAUCACUUCAACUCUACUAAAAACAGUGACGUCAACGUCGAAAAUGUUUAUGGAAUAGGGUCAGCUAAACCUCUGCAUCAGGUGGUACCGAAAGCAGAGAACCCUUAUGAAGAUAGCUCAGCUGGGGCUUAUGAAGACUUGUAGUCCUAAACAUUUACUGGAGCUGAUUGGAAAAAAUUAGAUCAGUACCAGAAUAUUCCAUGAAUAUUAAACAAUAAUUAUUGUUCGGUCAUUUCUUUAAUCAUGUUUUUGGUUGAUUUUGUUAAGAAAAUUAUUUUUUUUCAAAUGGUAUAAAACAAUAGUUACAUUCAGAUCGUAUCACAUUAAUUUUUAAAAUUAAGCUAAUUUGUUGCUUUUAAUAUGAUACAUUGAAAUUGUUGUAUUUGUUGUCAUAUUCAUACACUCCAGUUUGUAUUAUUUUAAUAGUAUUUCCUAGUAAGUUCAAGUAUUAUUUAAUUGUAAAUUAUUAAUGUUAAAACGGCAUGUGAAUAAAAACAAGAAUUGGUAUUUAGUAAUUUUUAGAAAAUUUUAAUUGUAUUUAGCUUGAUUACCUAUGAUUGUUUUGUGGGACAGAGCUGGACUGCUAACCCGUAAGUCUUGAUUUCGAAUCCAGGUUGAAGUCAGUAGACCAUCCCUGAGUCCACCCAGCUCUGAUGGGUACCUAACUCACAUUUGUGUAAGUAAAGGCGGCUGGGCAUAGUGCUGACCACAUUAUCUCUUCAUAUGCCGAGGUCAAAGAAACAAGUGAACUGUACUUCACUUGUCCUGUACACCUUCAGGUUUGUAAGGGAACUUUAUUUUACCUAUGAUUGUUUAAAAAAAUUGUCUCAAAUGUUUAGAUUAUCUUUUUAUUUAUUUUUUUAUUUAUAUUUUUAAAUACAAUUUCAAACCAGAUGGCUCAUGAGGCAUACAGUUAAAUCUGUUUCUCUACAUAGUGUGGUCAGAUGCCUUUACUUCCCCAACUUGCGUCAGGUUCCCAUUAAAGCUGGGCGGGCUCAUAUAUAUGUAUAUAUAUGUAUAUAUAAAUAUAUAAAUAUAUAUAUAUAUAUAAAUAUAUAUAUACACACACGCACGCAUACACAUAUAUAUACACAUAUAUACUUAUAUAUCCACAUAUAUACAUUUUUUUAAUAUAUAUAGUAUAUGACUUAUAUAUGGAUCUUUUCUUUUUGUACUCAUUUUAAAGGGUAAUCAUAUUGUUAAAUUACUCAAAUUGUAAUGUAUGGUGCCUUUUUAUUUUUCUCCAUGAAUUAUUUAUAAAAUUUAAUAUGAAGACUUCAUGAUGCUUUUGUAUGUACCAGAAAAUCAAGUGUGCUGAAUUGAGUUAAUUUUACAUGAGUGAUUUUUUGAGUGAAAAAGUAAUGUUUAUAUGUGAAUAUACACAAAUGCAAAUUGUGUUCUCUAAAAUUUUAAAUAA